GCUUUUGAAAGCCUACAGGUCAUACAGAAUAUGAAAGCCUACAGGUCAUACAGAAUAUGGAUAACCAUAAAGUCCCUCACACGGUGAAGGCCGCCCUAAAGGCGCUUUCAGACAUAGCCUAUAAAUUGCCGACGGGAGUCACCAUAAAUUGUCUUUUCAAUGGAGACCUGGGGAAUGCUAGAAAGCAGCUUGCGGAGAUUAGUGCAUAUAUGUGGUCACUGUCUACAGAGCGCAGGGCAUCCGCCUCCGCAGCCAUAGUAACAUUAACCGGAGUCCGUGCAUUCUUGUUAAGGCUUACGGCGGAGGCGGUGCGAAUACUGCCAACCACAGGUCGUUGCGAUGGCUUGGUGGACGAGCUUGUGGUGGAAGGCGCUGUGCUUGCCGGCAACCUGCUCAUGUUCAUGACGCACCUGGACCGGUACGUUCCAGAAGCAGAAACCCAUAAACUUCGAGGGCCGUUGGAUUUCGUGCGGAAGCUCUUCAGCAUGCAAACAGUGCAAGCUUGUAGCCGUCAGCUAGCUGCCACGGCCGAGUGGCUGCUUAACGUUCGCAAGGAGGGCGUUCAGCAGCAGCCACUGGAUACAGUGUUCAGCCAGGCGGUGUUGCCUGCCUUAACGCUGCUUGCUGGCAUGAUAGGCAUCUCCUACCGAAUGUUGUCUUGGGAAAGGGCUGCAGGCGUCGAACAGCAGCAACAGUAUUACAUCCGGCUCGGCUCUGUACUUAGGAACAGCUGCCCCAUGGAGCAUGCGGCGCGAGCCCUGCUUCUUUACCAUACAUUGGCUGCAGCUGAAGGCGGCCUAACCAAGAAAGCAGAAGAGGCAUCGUUCAUGUUCUUAACUGCUUUUGUCGAAGCAGACGGCUUUGUUGCGUUGUCUGCCGCAGCUGAGGGCUCUUGUGCUCAGCACGUGGCAGUGGCCCACGGCUUAACGCUCUUAUGCGAGGAUGAUGGUGGCCCCGCCUACGGCUUGCAGCCGGACCUGCUCGGGGUGCUGCCCAUUCUGACCGAGCCCUUAGGGGCCCUGGUGUCAACUCCCGCACCGGCUCCAGGCCAAGAGCCGCAGCUGGACCCGGUCUGCUUCAAGGCGAUGUUAGCCGCUUUGCGCAGGCAGUCAAAGCAGCCAUUGCACCGCAGGACACCCCACAUGCUGGCACUUCGCCUCCUGCGCCUUAUGCUGCGACGCGGCAACUUGCAGCCUGGUGGCUCAGCUGCCGCCGAGCUUGCUGCUGGUGCGGCGGCGGCUGCUCCACUUUCCAGCACUGCUGCAACUGACGUUGGCGCAUUGCCGGCACCGCUGGCUGCCCAUGCUGUGUCACGAACCAGCCGCCUAGUGCUGUGCCAGGAGAAUGUCUGGGAUAUUGCGGUUCAAGCUCUGGAGCUUGCCUGGGCAACAAUCCCCAGCAGAAGCGGGCAUGUGGGGGAGCUUAUGGCGGAGUUAUGGCGUUUGGCGAUGGAUACUGGUCGGCACGUCUGCCUGCAUGCUGAUCGAAACACCUGCUGCGGACUGGGGGAAGCGCUCCAAGAGGCGCUGAGCCCAAUAGAUCCACAUGGCGAGGCCUCAUCCAGCUGGGCGCCGUCACCGGUACCUCGCCCGUCUGUGGCCGCAGCAAUCGCAGCUGGCCUGCUGCCCUGGCUGGAGGGUCUGCAGCGGUUUCAAAUCACACGAGUUGGCCCGGAAUGCCGCGAGGGACAGGUCCUUAGUAGUUUCUUGGAUGGAACCCGCGACAGAGAAGUCGAGACCUGGCUCGCCCUCUUCACAUAUUCUGAACCGCGCCAGGCGGCAUCGUGGGUGGUGACACACGCCAAAUUGCUGCGGCUUGAGAAAGGGUAUCUGUCUACUUGCGCCAAGCGCCGCACGAGCGUCUUCCUCAAGCACAUGGAGGAGUUGGCGUCCGGGCCGCGGGCUGAAACCCUGGUGCCCGAGGGCGGCCCUGCUGGUGAUGACGUCGGGCAGCCAGCGGGGCUUCAGCAUCUGGGUCGGUUGGUUUCCUUUGCGGUCUGCGAGUGGCUGCCAACCGCCUCACUCGUCCUGCGGCAGCUGGCGUUGCAGUGUGCCAUCGCUGGGGCCCCUCAGGGGGCAGGCAUCAACAGGUAUUGGGACACGUACAUCGCUCCAUUGGCGCGCUGGUUAUCUGGGCUGGUGCUGUCCUGCAAGGGCCGCAGCGGCGAUGCAGACUGCGGGGGCAGCAGCAGCAGCGGCGGCGGCGGCUGGGUUCCCUUCCUGCUUCACGAGGUGGCGGUGGUGCCGCUGCUGGGCUCGCUGCUGCACCUCUGUCGCAGCGUUGAGUCGAACAAGGGGGCGGACCUGGCUGAACUCCUGGACUGCUGCGGCGUGGUGGCGAGUGCCUUUCCGCAGGAGGUGCAGGCGGCGGUGCGGGAAGCCGAGCAGGCAACCAUUGCGCCGCCGGUGUUCGCCUGGCCGCCAGCGCAGGUGCGCGGCUUGGCGCCGAAGCUGCGGGAGAGCGGGCGUGGGGAAGCGGCAGACGCCGCUUUGGCGCUGGCAGCCCGGCUGGAGGCCUGGGGUUCUGAAGAAGGUGCCGGGAGCAGUGCCUUGAGCUUCAGGUGUGUGCCGGAGCGGCUGCGGCAGCGGGCCAGUGAGCGGGGCAUGUCGGUGCCGGACGUGCUGGGGGUCAUGCGGCGGUUCCUGGUGCCGCCGGCGGAGGCACGCCGCCUGCUGCGCACCUGCAGCAACCCCGCCUGUGUCAACCUGAAGGGGGACAGCGAAGCGGAGCUGCCGCUGAAGGCGUGCGCGCGGUGUGGAGGGGCGUGGUACUGCUGCCGGGAGUGCCAGACGGCGCAUUGGCGGGCUCCAGGGGGGCAUAAGGAGGCGUGCGGGCGGCGGCAGGGGGCUGCUCAGGGUGCUGCACAGGGGUGAGGGAAAAUUAUAAAUAAGUACAACAACACAAUCCAGGGGUGAGGGAAGGCGGAUGUGCGGAGUUAGAAUAGCCGCCGUGUUCGGAAUGUUCACUUACAGCCAGCGGGCGUUAUGGGUGUGCACUGUUGGGAUUGGAAGCGCUUUUGCUUGGGACUUGUGUUUGUGCAUAUAGGUCACUCUAGCAGGGCGGACGACGCUAUGCCCAGAUGUGUGUAGUUGAGUUGAACAAGAGCAAGCAGUUGGGAUAGGUUCGCAUGUGAACCGCGAGUACAGGCAGAACAGAGGGAAAACAGAUGCCCAGAUGUUAUUGCUUGGAUUUGGUAUUAGCCCGCAAUUAUUGGAGGCAUUCUGGUAAGUUGACCCGAAUUAUAUGGGAUGCUUACCUAGCUAGCUAUAAUGGGCGGUUCGGCGGGGAUUGGUGGCGCGGCGACGGAGAACGGUCGCCAAUUACCAGGUGGCCAAUUACAGCGGACUUAUGGGAGCGAGUGUCCGUCAUGCCGCUAGCACCAGUCUGGGCGCUCCAGUCAACGGCAAGCUUUGAUUGUAGCCAUAGGCGUGUGUGGUCGUGCGUGCCGAUAAGCGAGGGCCCAGAGCUGUUUGGGGCCGAGCCAUGAGCCGCAGCGCCUUGCCCGCUCGUCCAUAUCCGCAUAGAACUAGUAAAGCUAGUAUGACAAUCCUUUACCCUACAGUUGUGAUCGGCUUGCAGCUUGCCCUUCGCGCCAGCAAGGAAUCCGGCUUGCCAACAAC